GAAACGUCAAAAAGUAACAGCAAACGCAUGCUCAAAAGUGUGAUCAGUGGAGCACCCUUAAAAAUAAUAAUGACGAUUUACUUUAUUACGUGCAAUGUAGUUAAAAAAAUGAUACUCUUUUAAUAUCCCACCACAAGAAAAACCACAACGAGGACAAUAAUAGCAAGCAACAAUGGAAAUUGAAGAAAUCGUCGAUUUUGCAAAGCACAAAACACCGGAAGUGAAACUCAAGAAACAGAACAGCCAAGAUCUGCAAAUGACAUCAAGUACAACCUCGAGUUUGGCCUCGCCAGGGGACUCAGGAGUGCAAUUGUUGGACAGCGAGAGCGAAAUCACGUCUGUGAUGUCCGUUAGCGGACUCGGUUGUGAUAUUGAUACGAUACCAAACCUGGAUAACGACGAAAAAACCGCUGACAAUAAAGAAUUCAAUCAAAACAAUUUCAACCAUUUCGCAACGUCCGUACCCAACUAUUUCGACAAGUUCGAGGCAAAAUGCCUGGAAAAGUCGAAGAAGGAGGUGCUGAACAAGUCGCUAAGCGAGGAAGUGUUCGAAAUGGAACACCCGAUCAAAGACUCGGACUUGAUGAACGUCUCCUUGAACAGCUACGAACUGCUAGACUACACCCUCCAGAACAAACUUGCGACAAACAUUGACCAAAUGCACGUCAGCAUGUCCGAAGAAGUGAACGAAAAUUUGAAAGUCAACGGCCAGAACCCCGAACCUGUGGUGUUGCCGAUCGCUGAAGACAAACCGGAAGAGCAGAUCGUCUUCCGGCGCCAACGCAAGAAAAAAUCCAAGUCGGACACCCCAAAAAAGCGCGUCUCGUUCCACGAGGAUAUUUUAAACAGCACGAAAAUCGACGAUAUUCACAUUAAUCACGGCUUUAUCACGCACGAGCCCGACGUCUCGCUCAGCUUUUUCCAAAGGGGCUUCGUCCGGAAGCCGGACGUGGUCAAGGGGCGCUACAGCUGGGCCGCCGAAGGCGACGCCCCUUACUACGAGAAAACCCCCUCAGACAGAGAAAUCAAAUCGGACCUGUAUUGCCAACACAACACCCGCUUCUCGUCAACUUCGUCAAGCUCCACCGGAAGCAUCUCCUCGUCAAUCGACGAAGACGACGAGACCUGUGUGAAGAAAGAGCCCAAGUUCAUGCAACCGAAGUCGAGUUGUCUGAAGAAAACCAAACACUCGAAGAAAAUCGACACGAAGAUCGUGCAGGAGGAAACGAACCGGAAACGAAGAUCUGACAGUAAUUUACUCGAUUCGAAUAUUUUCGGCAGUUUGAAGAACAUUUUAACGUUUUCGACUUCGGUUCCUUUGGCGGAGCGUGGAGUCCCAGAAGGCCAGGAAGACUUUGCGAUUUAUUCGUCUUCACAUGAGUCCAACCGGCGUAAAUCCUGCACGAAUUUAACUUUUAAAGGGUUUGAACCGAUCGAGGCACAACCGGUUCCGGCUAAAACCGAAAAACCUCUCUCUGCCAACAAAACAAACCUGAAGUUGACGGCAAGCGAGGGCUUUUACCCGAAUUACCCCACCAAUCAAAACCUACCAGCGAAUGUUAUCGUGUGUGAUAGUAACGUGUACGAGCAUAAAGGGAUCAGUUAUUCGUACGAAUAUGACAAGUUCCAGAAGUCGUUCGAGCAGCAAAACAAACCGAAAAGCUCAACCGUCUACCAAAUGAUCCUGAAAGAGUUUAAUUUUUUUCGCAAGAAGGCUAAGGAACCGGAAAAGGAAGCUCCGGACGAUUUCGAGAUCGUGCCGAGUCCGGUGCCGGAAAAAAGCGACAGUAUUGAAGAAGUCCAAGAGGUGGAGUACAAAAGUCCGAAAAACUCCAUCAGUAGAUAUGCUUCAACCACCAAAAUGGAUUGGUCCGAUAAUGAAACCAUCUCAGACAUGUCCGAAAAUCCCACUGGGCGCCAUUUGCACUCGCCGAAGAGGCGGGUGAGUAAAAGUAAUCAUUACUCGUUGAGUCCGUUUAAAGUUGCGCCAAGUGAGUCGGGGAAAAGUGACCAAGAGGGGGCGCUAGUUAGUAAAAGUUUGCAAAAUUUAAAACCAGCCACUUCGAAGUCCUCGCUGAUCAAUCGGUUUUUGCGCAACGUUACGCUGAAGAAAAUGUUGGACGCCAAAGCGCAAAAUAAGCAAAAGAAUUGUCGCAAGUAUAUGGGGUUGUAUGUGAAAGGGGUGAAGUUUGAGUAUAAGGGGAGGGAUGAGGUUGAUGAGGCGUUGGAACGGGAAAUUCUGAAAGGGAUGGAAGUGGCUCAGAGUUCCGAAGAUGUGGUCGAUAAGAAGUUUGGGAUGCAGUUGAAGAAGGAGAUCUUUAGGAGCAGAAUGGAACGGCUUAUAAGGAUUUUCCCCGUACGAAGCGCUUACGCAACAAACGGCGAAAGCAAACCUUUGCUCCUAAUCCUAAGCGACACAACUCUCUACAUAACAGGAAUAAAAUUGGGAAAUUCGCUUUGCAAUCAUUUUGUUCUGCCCUACACCGAGCUCAAUACAAUUCUAAUAGGGCCAAGUGCACAAACCAUACACUUAUCCAAUUACGAUAAAGACAUGCAAUGUAUUAUAACAACGGGUUGUGGGAAAAUUACGGGUGAUAUUGUGGGCCAGCUUGAAGUGGCAAUGAGACGUGAUAUGAGUAAACCACGACUGCCAGCCGUCAAACAUCUAAGUAUGCGAGACAUGGUGAAUCUGCGGAGAGCGAUUUGCAAACAAACAUCAGUCGACAAGGAGGAAGAAUAUUUCUAUUAUAGCAUCGUAAACAUUCAAGAUUUUAACCCGGAUAUACCGGAAGUGACGCCUCUAGGCCCCAACAAGGAGGGCCCUCUGAUGUUCAAAACCUCAGACACUGAGGCACGAUGGGAAACCGCUUACUUCAUCCUAAAGGCUGGUGUUCUUUAUAUGCUGUCAUCGGCUUCGCAAAGGGUCCCAAUGCGUGUGUUUCCCCUAAUAAAUGGUUCCUGUCAGGGGGCUCAUCGUGUCUUCAACUGCCCUCGGCCCCACACAUUCCAGUUGAUCGUCGAAGGGAAAAGUCUGCAUCUGGCAGCCCCCGACGAAUACGUAGCCAGUGACUGGUUGCAGUGCCUCGUACACGCAGCCAGCGGGGGCUACAACCAGAAAGAGAAAAUGUUGACUCAAUCCUGCUCUCUUCUGAUGACGAGUGACCAUAUUUUGACAGUGCGGGAGGCUUUCCCCUGCACAGUCUCCUCUCUCUUGCCCUCGAAAAACCAGCAUCAGCCCAUUAAAGGACCUCAAGUAUUAUCAUGUGCUGCGAUUAUUGAUUUGGUGGCGUUUCGAUUGCCUUCGGCCGAGCAAAGUUGGUGUGUUUUGGAGUUCUCCUGUAGAGAGGUACACGAGUGUAGCGGCGAUUGGAUUUUGUAUUUUGCGACGAACGUCGAGCUUGAGAAUUUUAUAUCAACUUUGGAGGUUCUCUGGACUUACAAUAAUGAAAACGGUGAUAGUUUUCCGUUGAGUACUAUCCCGGAGAGCGACCCUUUGAGUAAGAAAUGCGUGGAUAUUUAUACUUCUUUGAAACAACUAUGGCCAUCUAAUAGUGUACAUUUACAAUUUCUGUAAUUUAACGCUUGAUUUCCUGUUGGUUUUCUGUAUAUAUGGCCGCUUUAGUUGUAGGGUGAUAUAUUUAUUUUUCUAGCCAUACAAUUCCAAAUUUAUUUUGAUACUCUAGUCAUUUUUUCUUUUAUUUAUUGAUAUACAAAUGUGAUAGAUAUUUAAAUAGUUUUUGUAUCAACGCUUGCUGUAAUGCACAUGUAGACAAAGCACAGCUCCUUUUGUUAAAUUAUUACGUAGCAUGGUAGUCAUAAUUGUCGCUCUUUAUGGCUUGGGUUUGGCCGAUUUUAACUGAUUUUAUUUCAAGUUUUAGAUGAACUGUGAUAUUUUGUUACCGUUUUAAUUUAGAAUUGUCCAAAUCUUUCAAGCCGUAAAGGUAAAUUAUUUAAAGGGAUUGAUAUUGAACAUAUUAGGAAAUACCGUUUCUCUCAAUUUUGAAAAUAUUCAAAGGCCAGUUUAAUCGUUUAAAUCGUUACCCCGUGUAGCUUGGAUGGUGCUUGACCCAGUUUAUAUCAAAUGUAAUUUUAGUUAGGGAAAUAAUUUGGUGCUGUUGAAAAUUGUUUAAAUUUGUUAAGGGUUUCAAACGUUGGGUGAUGUAGUGAUAUUUGAUUUAAUUCCAACUUACACAAGUAUUUUUUGCUCAGAUUACCUAAAUACUGACCCAUUAUUAUUAACUUCACUGUACUAAAUAAUGUAGUCCUCAAUACUCAAUAAAACCAAUUAAGCUGAA